UCUCUGCUCGCGCUUGUAUCAGCUACACUAGAACAGUUCAGGUUGUGGCAGCAGUGCCCGAAGUGCGCCAAGCCACGGAAUCGUUGCCAUAUUCUGGAGAAUCAGUCCUUUUUCUUGGGGAAAAAAAUUACUUGGAACGGAUUUCACGUCCGUUGAUACAUCUUCAGGACCCAACAAAAAAUAAUCUGAUAAUCCCCAGACUCCCAAAUUGAGGGAACAGACCGGGACCGUUGGGACUUCUAGGACAUAUUCUGGUUACUACUGCGCAAAAAAAGUACAGAGAAUCGUAUUAUACAUACUUGUAUUGUGGAGCAAACGGAUCGGAUGCAUUAAACGCCCCGUUAUUAAGCCUUUGUUUUGAGGGGAUUGAACAGCCGCACUGGAUUCAACGCUUGGGAUGCGGGAUCCCUGAACUUAUCUGCUUCUUAUCCGCCUCGUCGAACGGACUUUUCAUCUGCAGAAUCAGUCGAUGAGCAUCUUAUAUUCGGGCUUUGGAUUUGAUCUAGAUUCCUGGCUGUUCUAAACUCUUCUGCAGACGUUGCACUGAAUGCAGUUUUAUUAACAGUUGACUUUCUGUCGUAUAGUGAAGGGUGGACAGAAGUGGAUUGUGUUGAAGUUGCAUGAAUCACCGGAUCGCUCUUUGCAGAUCGCGAUAUCAGACCGGAUAUUUGGCGUAAGGCGCGAAGCGCGAUGGCGAUGUUGGCGACUUUUUGGAUAGUCCUGCUGGUCGCGUUAAACGCCCCAGCAGGGAACGGGCAGUCGGUGCAGACGGACCCCAGUAAGUCUGGAUUUGUGGGUGAUACAGUCGAGCUGCGAUGUGUAUUCAUCAACGGUAAGCCACCAGUGAAGAUCUCUCAGGUCACCUGGCAGAAGCUGAUAAAUGGCACCAAACAAAAUGUCGCCACCGCAAACCCAGCCUUGGGCGUAUCAGUGCUGCCCCCUUUCAAAGACCGUGUGAGCUUCAAGCACCCCGCUGUGCGCCAGAGGACCCCUUCUUCUCUUGAGGAUACCACCAUUGUGUUCAGCAACCUACGGCUCUCUGAUGAGGCUGCCUACAUCUGCGAGUACACCACCUUCCCAGCAGGCAACAGGGAAAAUAUGGUCAACCUCACUGUCUUUGCACGGCCAGUGACCAAGAUGAACUUGACUUCGCCCACCAUCGUGGCAAGGACACCGAAACGCAAGAUGCCCGUGGCCACUUGCAUGUCGGCUAACGGCAAGCCUCCCAGCGUCAUCAAAUGGGACACCACUCUGAAGGGCGAAGCCACAUUUCAGGAAACGCGCAAUCCGAAUGGCACCGUGACCGUGCGCAGUAACUAUAUCGUAUUGCCCAGCCGCGAGACCCAUCGUCAGAAGCUCACCUGCAUCGUCACCUACCGUGCAGAACGCUUUACAGACAGCGUCAUACUCAACGUUCAGUAUGAGCCAGAGGUAAAAAUCGAGGGAUUCGACGGGAACUGGUACCUGAAUCGUCAAGAUGUAAAGCUGACGUGCAAUGCAGAUGCCAAUCCAGCCGUCACCGUCUACCAGUGGAAACUGUUGAAUGGAUCGCUUCCCAACAAUAUUGAAAUCAAGAACAACACCCUGUUCUUCAAAGGCCCGGUGACCUAUGAGUUCGGAGGGACGUACGUCUGCGACGCCACCAAUAACAUCGGCACACGCUCUGGACUGGUAGAGGUCAACGUGACGGAAUUCCCUAACUCCCCGCCUUUUGAUGGCCGUGAGAUCCCACUGGAGGAGCAUAGUUCCGGUGCUGCCAUCGGCUGCGCGGUCGGUGGGGUGGCCCUCCUGGUGGCCGCCAUCGCACUGCUCGUCUUCUUCCUGCGGCGGCGUCAGCGCACCUUUAAGGGCGACUACAGCACCAAAAAGCAUGUGUUCGGGAACGGAUACAGCAAGGCUGGCGGCGUGCCCGCUCAUCCUCCGAUGCCCAAGAACCUGCAGUACCCCGACGACUCGGACGAUGAAAAGAAGCCGGCACAAAUUAGCGGGCCCGAUGGUUUUGAGGGCGGCGAUCGGGAUUUCGACGGCAACUCUGAGGAUCUGAAGAGACCCUAUUUCACCGUAGACGAAGGAGAAAGUCGCGAUUACGACGAACGGACUCUCGCCUUCCAGUAUGACCCCGAGCCCGAGAUCGUCGACGACAUGGUCUCCCAAACCGACGGCUCUGUUAUUUCAAAGAAAGAGUGGUAUGUGUAGAGUGGCAUGCAAUGUCAAGGGGAAAAAAAAAAGAUCAACGACCUUUUGCCCUCUCUUGCAUCCGACCACACCCAUCCACCUCCAUCACUAGAACCCUCCCUCCAUGUGUUUAUCCCUAUCUGCACAUCCCACCCCUGACCCAGUAAGCUCCGCCCCAUCAGAGCCCAUCGAAAUAAACAGCUGUAGAAAAAUAGCUCGCAGCAUCAACACGUCAACAUCAUUACACAUCCACACGCUUUUAGAUGAACCUGCUACAAAAGCAAUCGGUUUUCUCACAGACUGAUGCCAAUCAACAUCCAGUAAGGCUGGACAGGCAAGUCGCUUGAAAAUAUUACAGUGUAUUAUCCUUUUUGUCUCAUUUUGUUGUUAUUAUAAAUGUAUUAAAUGUAUAAAAAGAGACUGUAACUGUUUUGGAAAGGGGUAUAUUGCUGAUCAUGUUGUGAAAGUCUUACACUGGAUGUAUGAUUAUUUUUUUUAUUGUUUGUUUGUCUUGUUUUUUUUAUCUCAUUAGCAUAUUACCAUUAAUUUUACGUUAAGCAUAGGUUUUGUUUGUUUUUAUAUAGUCUUGUUUUUUUCUUAUAUGGAGUGUUGGUUACCAGAAAAUGUGGAACUAAAUAGUAGAAUAAUUAUUCCCGCCCAUACAUGUGUCAUUACGAGGUCGAAGGUUGCAUUAGCACUAUUGUGUUUAAUGGAAACAUCAUAAUCCUGUGGUUCUUGGUACCAGCGCCGCUCCCAACAUCCCUGAAUCCAGGGGUCUGAAAAUGUGGCAUGGCCUGGUAGCAUACAAUCCAAUGGAACAAAAAAGCAUGUGGGUUCUGACUGCUUUCCAAAAACAGUAUUUAUUUUAAGACCCAGCUACCCUGAGAGCUGAGGAACACAUCUGCAGCGUUAGUCAUAUGCACACUGCAGUCGAGCAUGCAGAACGGGGCCUAGACAGAUAUACUGCGCCCACCUACCCGCCCCUCAUUCUCCAUGCCAGUCUUAGUCAGUCUCCAUCCACAGAUCCACCUCGGAUGUGCCAUCACAUGUAGUGUUAUCAUAGCGAUGCUUUCCAAAAUCCAUUUCCUCUGAAACUCUUAAGACACAAAAGGAUAAUCCUGUAUAAUGUGGUGUUGUUAUAAAGACAGGGUGUUUGUUAUUUAGAGUUGGUGAUGUGGAGUGGUCAAAAUGUUUUCAAGAUCUUGUAAAUAUGAACAGGUUCAAUGGUAAUGCUUAGUUCCACAGGAGAUUACGACACAGGCGUGUAGCGCUUGUGUCAACCACCAUUUAGAGACUUUUGAUGGAAGUAGUUUUUCCAAAAGUAGGUAGCGGUAAAAGCACAGAAAUAAAAUUACGGAAAAGUCUCGAGCCAAAGUGAAAUCGGAGGUAAACAUGACAGCAACUAGGCAUCACAGACAGGCUUGUUAUUUACUGCUGGAUCUCUGAAACCACAGGAUCUGCGGCAAAGGAAAGCCUGGAUUUCUUUCCAAAUCCUCCCUGAUCCUCUAUAAGGAGCAGUUCUGUUGGCUACAAAUUAGUAUGUAUUUAAAUAAAUAAAACAGAUAUUCAUCAAAGUCCUGACAUACCUGUUCAACUGCAAAAUGUACAAGCAUUCAAGGCCUUUUUUUAAUGCAUGUGCGUCUUUUUUAAUCGCUCUUCGUUUGGUUCAGCCUUUAUCAGACUUUUUACAUCCGGGUUUGGUGUUUGCAAAAGGGUGGGCAGUUUUCCACUAGAUGAUUUUGCUUCCAGAGACAAAUAACCUCCCUAGCUGUAUCCAUAUCUCUUUCUAGACUCAAAAAAUGCUUUAGUAGAAUUUAUCAUGGCUUGUCCAUGAAAUAUUUAAUUCCCUUGCCUGCCUUAAACAAGGCUCUUUACAAGACAAGAGAUUAGGAUGCUGAACCACUGUAAUCACACAGACAAUCUAGGCGGACUUGAAAACAUGGGAAACUCCAGAUGAAAGCCACUUACUGUAGGUUGCUCAUCCAUGAGCAGGCCCUCGUGGAAUCUGGUGGCAUUUUUGCAUUAGAAAAUCUGCAGAAGGGACUUAAAAAUGAUAACAUGCAUUAAAGCUAGUAAAUGAAGCCAUUAUUAAAAGAACCCACAUAAUAAACAAACUAGAACUUGCAGCAGCAGAUUCCUUGUGGUCUGUCCCAUGAGGAAAGUCGUAAUAUGUCUACACCUAAGCUACAAAUGAAUAAAAACCUUGAUGGUAGACCUCAUGCACAUCUUGAUUUGACCUAAAACAGACCACAUAAUGAAUAACUGUAUAUUUGUUGCUUAGCAAACCUUGUAUUUUAGCUUAGUAAGGUCAAUGUGCAAAGUUAUACAAAUUGCAGUGCCUAUGACGUGUGAGAUGUAAGGUUUUACUUUUUUUUAGAUCUGAAUCCUGUACAUAUUUUUUUUUAAGAGUUAUUGUCUGCCCUCACUGUACAUUUUUUACAACAUUCGCAUGAUAAACAUAUGAAUCUACACAAGUUGGUCAGUGUGAUGGAAAGCUUAUCACCUGGACUUCAAGUAUUAAGAAAGCUGUAUUUUUACCAAGUUUUUUAAACCCUCAUGAAUACAAAUAUUCUCUCUCUGCUUCAUAUGAUGACAAAAUACAAAAGCAACCCAUCGCUGGUCCGUCAGCACUUUGUUAACCAGCUCACAACUGGAAACCUGCUACGCAAUCAUGGCUGUGAUUAAAGAGACUGACAUCACUUUAGCUAAAGCACAAGUUUUUUGUUCCAGAAGUUUAAUUAGUUGUUAAUUUUAUAUGUAAUUUUUUAUUGCUUUCAUUUCUCUUUCUCUUUCAUUCUUUUCAUUGACCCCUAUGCUCCCAGGGUUUUGUUAAUUAAAGGGUUAUUUUUCGUAUGUUUUCUCAAGCCAAGCACAAGUUACCCAUUUACCAAAUGGCUAUUAUGGCUUUAAAUGUCAAAUAAGAGAAUUCAAAUGACUAUAAUUAAUUUUCAUGACCCAUAUCAGCUUAUUUCUUUUCAUACAGUAAUCUGUCUGCUGGAUCAGUUGAUGUUGAUGCUUCUAGCAACAUUAAAUAGCCUGCAUAAGCGCAUGAGCGUACUAAGAAAA